CUGAAGUCCAGCAGCGUUAAAGCAAUGCUUUAACUCUGAAAGUACCCUGAUCACAAACUUGAACGAUCAACACAAAUGCUCUGCGGACUAAAAUAAUUGUUUAAUCGCUGGGUCAUCUCCUCAUGGCAGAGGUUUUUUAUGUUGGAGUGGACGUGGGCACAGCCAGUGUGAGGGCUGCACUAGUGACCAGGGAGGGCCUGCUGAAGAGCACUGCACAGGAGCCCAUCGGCAUUUGGGAGCCGGAGUCUGACCACUAUGUCCAGUCCUCCACUGAGAUCUGGGAGAAAUGCUGCACAGUUGUCAAGAAAGUUACUCACGGUGUGGAGAAGAGCCAGAUUAGGGGGAUUGGCUUUGAUGCCACCUGCUCUCUAGUGGUUUUGGACCAAAGCUUCCAGCCUGUGCCCGUCAGUCAGGAAGGUGACCCCCAAAGGAACGUAGUGAUGUGGAUGGACCAUCGUGCUACAGAGCAGGCUGAUCGUAUAACAAAAAAUGGCCACAGGGUCCUCAGCAGGGUAGGGGGAGUCAUGUCACCAGAGAUGCAACCCCCUAAGCUGCUCUGGCUUAAAGAGAAUCUAAAGGAGAACUGCUGGAACAAAGCCAGUCACUUUUUUGAUCUUCCAGACUUCUUGUCUUGGAAGGCAUCCGGCUCUUUAACGAGGUCUUUAUGUACUCUGGUGUGUAAGUGGACCUACUGCCCUCCAGAAGGAUGGGAAGCCAGCUUCUGGACGAGCAUUGGACUGGACGACCUGCUGGAAAAUAACUUCUCCAAAAUAGGCAGUGUGACGUGUCCUCCAGGAAGUCCACUGGGAGAGGGCCUUACACAGGAGGCAGCAGCAGAUUUGGGUUUGGACCCAGGAACUGCAGUUGGGGCUUCUCUCAUCGAUGCCCAUGCUGGAGGCUUAGGUGUGAUCGGUGCUGAUGUGAAAGGUUUUCAUUUGCCCUGUGAGGGUCUGCCGAUCACUGCACGCAUGGCGCUGAUCUGUGGAACGUCAACUUGUCACAUGGCGAUCAGUGAGCAGCCUCGGUUUGUGCCAGGAGUGUGGGGGCCCUACCUAUCUGCCAUGGUGCCUGGACUGUGGCUCAACGAGGGAGGGCAGAGUGUGACAGGAAGGCUGAUUGACCACAUGGUGAAAGGUCACACUGCAUAUACCCAGCUCCAGGAACAGGUUCAGCAGAGGCUUCCUUUUGCUGGCGAGAAUAUCUACAGCUACUUGAACAACCAUUUGAGUUCGAUGGCCAACUCCUGCUCUGCUGUCGAUCUGCUAGGGUCCAGUCUUCACGUGUGGCCGGACUUUCAUGGAAACAGGUCGCCCCUGGCUGACCCAACUUUGAAGGGCAUGGUAGUUGGACUCUCUUUGUCCCAGACCUUGGAUGACUUGGCCCUUCUCUACCUGGCCACCAUGCAAGCCCUCGCUCUCGGUACACUUCAUAUUCUGGAGGCCAUGAAAGAAGCAGGACAUGAAAUCAGAACCCUCUUCCUGUGUGGUGGAUUGAGCAAAAACAACCUGUUUGUACAGAUUCAUGCUAAUACUACAGGAUUGCCUGUAGUGUUGCCAGACCAAACUGAAGCUGUGCUAGUGGGAGCAGCAGUGCUGGGAGCAUGUGCAUCAAGACACUACAGCUCUAUACAGGAGGCCAUGGAAAAAAUGGCUAAAGUGGGGAAAGUCGUCCAGCCUGACAGUGAAGUCCAGAGCUUCUAUGAGAGGAAGUACAAGGUGUUCCUGCGACUGCUCGCCCACCAGAGGGAGUGCCAGGCCCUCAUGAGCCAGAGAUGAAGCUCGCUCUCUGUGACACAACAGUGAUGACAAAUCAAGAACGAGACGUCUUAACCUUGCUGCUUUUUUCAGUAUAAAUAAUGUUUUUUUAAUUCCAUUAUGGGGGUUUAACAUUCUCAUAUGAUACUAUGUCAUAUAUGCAGGACUUAUCAGAUGACAUAUGGCAUCAGAUCUCUGUGUAAAACUAUGUGUUUCAAAUUCAGGCUGAAUGGGACAAGUGGCAGUUAAAGUCAAACAUCAUGGAGUGUUAUCUUCUAAUGCAUUCCUAAUAAAUAUUUCAAAUGAACACUCCU